AUGGCUGUCCGCAAGCCUCGCUGCAACUUCAAAGAGUGCAAAAACGCCGCCCAGCGCUUCAUCGGAGACUGCACCUUUUGCAAUGGCCACUUUUGCGAGAAACACCGCAUGCUCGAGUCGCACUCGUGCAGCGGGCUAGAGGACUGCAAGAAGGAGUCGCACGCCCGAAACGCAGACAAGCUCAACAGCGAGCGAACGACUGUCAUCAAGGGGGUGUAG